GCACUAUCGACUAUCACGUCACCGGCUACAGAAGAACAUUCAGAGCAUGCGCUCGCAAUCUCAUCCUCCUUGAAGGACCCCAAGGCCCAUGGCCAAGAUAGCUCAGAGACUCACAUCCACCUCGCCAUUCGCUCUCGUAGACGUUCCGAUCGUGAGAUUCAGGAGAACUCUCCGAUCAUCGUCAGUUCCAACGGGGCGAAGGGCCAGGAAGUCACCAUCGACACUUCCGCACCUGUCUCCAGUCUAGGUGUUAUCACUUUGGCGCCUACGCGCACUUAUCCCUUCGAUCUCGUCUUUGGCCCGGAAGCGGACCAAGCCAUGAUCUAUCAUGACGUUGUUAGCCCCAUGCUAGAUGAAGUCCCCAUGGCUUACAACUGUACGCUGUUUGCGUAUGGACAGACUGGAACUGGCAAGACGUACCUACACUAUGAAGGCGACCUGACGCCCACUCCAAUGGGAAAUCCAUCCGCCCAAGCAGGCAGGGUACCGAGAGUCCUGUUCCGCCUAUUCCAUCAACUCGAGACAUCUGCUACAGACUACAGUGUCAAGAUAUCCUUCGUCGAGCUCUACAACGAGGAGCUUCGAGACCUGCUCGCGAAUGAACUUUCUGCUCCUGCAGGACCUGCGCAGCCUACUGGUAUGGGAAAAGGUGGCCCUGGGGAUAACCAAGUCGGUCUCAAGAUCUUCGACGACGCCAACAAGAAGGGCGUUUUUAUUCAGGGUCUCGAGGAGAUACCAGUCAAGGACGCUACAGAUGCACUUGCCCUCCUCGCGAAAGGGAGCGAUCGCCGGCAGAUUGCUGCCACUAAAUUUAACGACCACUCCAGUCGAUCACACUCCGUGUUCUCUAUUACGAUUCAUAUCAAGGAGACAUCAACCAUGGGAGAUGACCUCCUGAAGGUGGGCAAGUUCAACCUCGUUGACCUUGCGGGCUCGGAGAACAGUGGACGCUCUGGUGCAGAGAACAAGAGGGCACGAGAAGCGGGCAUGAUUAAUCAAAGCUUACUAACUCUGGGCCGUGUCAUCAACUCUCUUGUCGAGCGUUCAGCCCAUGUGCCUUAUCGAGAAUCCAAACUUACCCGCCUCUUACAAGACUCACUCGGUGGUCGUACAAAGAGGUACAUCAUCGCCACCAUCUCUCCUGCUCGUUCCAACAUGGAAGAGACCCUCUCCACCCUUGACUAUGCCAUCCGCGCAAAGUCUAUCCGCAACAAACCAGAGAUCAACCAGCGGAUGACACGAAACUCCUUGUUGAAGGAAUACGUAGCCGAGAUCGAGCGUCUUAAGGCCGACGUCCUGGCUGCACGCGAGAAGAACAGCAUCUUCUUCUCUGAAGAGACCUGGAAUCAGCUCACUACUGAACAGGAGCUUAGGGAGACGGAGAUGGAGGAGGUCAAGAGGCAAGUCGAGAUUGGCGAGAGCCAGUUGAUGAGCGUCAGGGAAGAGUUUGAGCAAAGCAUCGCAUUGUUGAUGAAGACAGAUGGGGAGUUGAAACAAGUGAAGGAAAAACUGAAGGAGGCUGCGGGAGAGCUGGAACUCAAGCAGGGCCAACUGAAGGUGGCGAAAGGAGCUCUCGAGGAGGAGGUCGUCGUCCGCCAAGCCUACCAGCUCAAUGAAGAAAAGCUUGAUGGAGUUGCCUUAGGGCUGAAGCAAGUUGCCGCCGAAAGCAUCGACGACAUUGGCGCGCUCUUCGAGAAACUUCAGCGGAAGAACAAGACAUUCGCGUCGAACAUUAAAGCUGUAUCCUCUCAUGGAAGGUCUAUCUCCUCCGAGGUGCAGUCACUCUCAACGAAGCUCGAUGACUUCAUGAAGACCGCAGGGCACAGCACGCAGACACUGCGCGCAGAGGCAAAACAAUUCCAAACGAAGGAGUUCGAUAUCCUCACAAGCCACUCCGAGCGGAUUGACCAGCAGCUCCAGCGCAUUCAGGACUCCCUUCGGACCAUUAACACGAAGGACGAUGCAUCCGCAGAGGCUCUUACAGCUAUGCAGAACGCGGUCAAGGAAUCGCAAGAGACCAUGAAGAGCUCAUUCAGUGCCUGGUCCGAUAGCUUACGCACAACAUCCCAAACGAUGUGCAAGGAGCUGUACGCAGCGAAUCAGAGUAACUUCGCCUCGGUGGAGAAUGCUUUGAAGGCUAUGGGGACACUUGUUGACUCCGCCGUCAAUCAACCAAUUGACUUCACCAAGGCCAAUGAAGAAUUAAUGUCACAAGCGAAUUCCCUUGUGGGUGACAUGGCAAAGGCGGAAAACGCAGCUCUCCAGGAGUCCGCAAAGGACAACGAUGUGCUCGUGCAAUGCAUAUCAGGCCUACUCGGGGAGUUCGUAGCUUCCCGUGAUCGCGACCUACGAGAAGCAUUUGGUGCCGUUGUCAACGCUAACGCCAAACACGAAGAGGAAUUUAACGAGUUUGGUCAGCGUCACGAGCAAUUGAUGAACGAGGCUGUUGUACGCAGCUCGGAGGCCAUAACCUCUUUUGAGUGGAGCAGUACAGAAGGGAAGAGGACACGAGACGGUGCUCUUAAGACCGUCGGAUCUGUUCAAGUUGCCAUCAAGGAUGGUUUAUUGGCCACACAUAACUCAACCACAACAGCCACCAUGACUUAUACUGGUGAGCUGCAAAGGCAAAGCCAGACCCUCCAGACCUCCCCCGGCGCAGGUCUUGAUCGUCAUGACCGUGCCAAGAGAGCGCGUAUCGAGACUACCAAUGGCAUCGCGACUGAGGUACAAACCGAGUUGCGGUACCUGCAGCCAGGUGCUGCUUCCAGCUCAAGAAAUGUUGAAGGCUUCAGCGGUCGCGUGGUUUCGGAGAGCACAAGUUUAUCGGACACGAUCGAAAAGCACGGUAACAAUACGACUUCGAGGCUUGCUUCUCUGCACCAAACAGCCCGGUCACUGCUUGAUCAAGGUACCCGUGAGGACUGGGAGCUGACCCAGAGUCGAGAUGCCAUCCUCCAGUUGCGGAGACAAGGAGAGCCGAUGAGGCACGCUUCCAAACCUCCCCCUUCGCAGUACCCGCAAUCUCCCGUUGAAACCCUAUCAUUAGGUCAGGUGAGCGGAUGUGACUUCCGCGUGAAGGUCUAG